CACACGCCUAAGUGCCAUUGAUGGCCACGAAAGCCUGGAGCGGCUCCACCCGCUUCAGAUCUCCGGCCAGCGCCGUCUGGUUCCUAGCGGCCGCCAUCCUCAUCCUCAUCUUCCUCCUUCAGCGCCGCCCGCCCAUGGACCCUUACGCUACCCCAACCCCUCGGACCUCCGUGUCGUCCCGGCGCGCCGAGCUGUACGGCAGGAUGGCGCGGGAUCUCGACGAGCGCGGCGCCGCGUUCUUGGAGGGCGGCGAGACGUCGCAGUCGCUCACGCUCUCGGACCUCUUCGACGUCAGAGACAGCGCCGUCGUGCCCAGACUCAAGGCCGCCGACCCACCGGUGCGCGCGAACGUGCUCUACCUGGACCCAGAGUUCGCGGCCGUCAUAUCGAAGGCUGUGAAGGAAGUAUUUCUUCCUUAUUUUGACAAAGUUAUCUGGUUCCAAAAUUCCAGUAUGUAUCACUUCAGUAUGUUUCAUGCCUCCCAUCACCUGGAGCCAAUCUUAGCAUCCAAGGCCGAGAUUGAAGCCGAAGUCGAUGCUGUAAAAAGAGUUACUAAGGCUAUUUGUCCCAUUCAAAUUGUCUUGGAUCAAGUGGUCUUGACAUCAACUGGAGUUCUUCUUGGCCUGUGGCAGGUUGAAUCUGGUACUGAUCCUGCCGACAUCCGCUCAAAAUUGAGAGAGGCUCUCCCUCGAGCACCUCAAAAGCAAUUGUAUGACCCUGUUCUGCUUCACACCUCCUUUGCACGAAUUUUGGGACCUCCUAAGCUUCCACAAGAGGAGAAUACGACAUCUUUUGAUCACAUCAAAUUCUUCCAUGACCUCGUUGCACAAGUUAACGGGAAGAUCCGUGGGUUCCAGGCGAAGGUAGCGGAGCUGUGGUAUGUAGAAGAGUACGACGUCCUCGCACUAGCGCUGAAUGGAAAGAUGAAAGUUCGGAGGCUCAACCUUGGCUGCAAUGAAGAAUAGAGCAACUGACGGAGGACAAAGAGAACACCACGGGGAUAUUAAUCCAUCGCGUCCAAGCAUUAUUAUGCAACGCUUGGAAUGCUUUCGUGAUUCGAACAUCACAUCCAUGGCAACCUUUUGUUCUGCGAAGAUUGGGACCAGGCAGCGCCGAGGAAAUAGCAGCUGGGUGCCCCCAAUAGAGAAGUAGAGAUCGAAUGUAAUUGCUUUCACACCACAGUAUUUGAGUACUGGUGAUUCGUGAAUAUGUGGAUGAAAAUCAAACCUGUAUUUGUAACACCUCUCCUGUUACUCAGAAAAACUUCCAACUUA